CUGGCCGUGACGCCGGCACCAUGGCGGCUUCCGUACCCCCGCCGCGGCCCGCCACCCACCUGCUCUUUGACAUGGACGGCCUCCUUCUCGACAUCUUCAGGGAUUCGUAAGUGUCGUGGCCAAGAAGGUAAAUCGUUAAACAAAUUCCUCAUCUUCUAAUGAAAGGCCUGCGGAACCUGUUCUGGGAGCCUCAUGAAUAUUAAUACAAACGGAGAUGUCUGUUUAAAAUUAAAGUUAUUAAGCUUCUAAAUGAGCUCAAGGCUCACUUCCCACCCGAUUCCAGGAUCCGCUGUUCCCCGAAGCCAGGAAUGUGGCUUCUGGCCCAGGACCCCCAGGUGCAAGUUAUUAGCGUGGGGGGGGGGGGGGUCUCCACUUGCUAGUUAAGCCCAGCUUAAUGGUUUACCCUGUGGUGCUAUCCCCCAAGCCUUUGAUCUGGUCCAAGAAGCAGUUGGGAAGAUAAGCCCUUGCCCUUUCCCCCGUUCCCGGCUGCCCUUUAUCCUCUCUGAUUUCCCUCUUGUUUGUUUGAGGUAGCUUGGCUUUGCAGAAGUUUGUCAGAACUUCACUCCUUCCGUUCUUUCACAAAAAGUCCCGUGGAAAACACUGCUUUCUGUCUGGUGCGGGCUAGUCAGUUGCACCGGCGCGGGUCUCCAGCGCCUGCCUCGUUCAGUCUGUCUGCCGCUCGCCCCACGCCGCCCGGUCCAUGUGUAACGUGUCCUGCUGGUCGGCAUGGUGGGCGCAUUUCCCCGGAAGCUCUUCUGUAGCCCCUGCCCCGUGUGCCCAGGGAAGUGUAGUUGAAACAGUCACCUCCACGAAAGAAUGCCGGCUCCCACGGGACGCUUGUUUAAUCGGGAGAAUGAGGAAGCAAAGGGGAGUUUUUCUGGAGAGGUCGACCGCGCCACGGUCCCGUCCGAUACCGAGCGGCUGUAUUCCGUGGUGUUCCAGGAAAUCUGUGACCGCUACGGAAAGGACUAUAGCUGGGACGUCAAGUCCCUCGUCAUGGGGAAAAAGGCCUUAGAGGCGGCGCAGAUCAUCAUCGACGUGCUGCACCUCCCAGUGAGCAAGGAGGAGCUGGUGGAAGAGAGCCAGACCAAGCUGAAAGAAGUCUUCCCCACGGCCGCGCUGAUGCCAGGGGUGGACAGACUGGUGCGCCAUCUGCGCGCGCACGGCGUGCCCCUGGCCGUGGCCACCAGCUCCGGCCGCGCCUCCUUCGAGAUGAAGACCAACAGUCACCAGGACUUCUUCAGCUUGUUUGACCACAUCGUUUUGGGGGACGACCCCGAGGUGAAGAAUGGGAAGCCAGACCCCGACAUAUUUCUAGCCUGUGCCAAGCGGUUUUCCCCGGCUCCGCCCAUGGACCAGUGCCUCGUCUUUGAAGACGCUCCCAACGGCGUGGAGGCGGCCCUCGCAGCCGGCAUGCAGGUGGUCAUGGUCCCAGACCGAAACCUGCAGCGCCACUUGACGUCCAGGGCCACGCUGGUGCUGGACUCCCUGCAGGACUUCCAGCCCGAGCUGUUCGGCUUGCCGCGCUACGACUGAGCGGCCGCCUGGACACGGCACCCACUGGGGGACCCAUGGGCCCCCAGGAACCACCGCGCGAGCCAGCAGUCUCCCAGCCCAUUCCGUGCGGCUUCCCAACCUCCUCCAGCUGGUGCUGGCAAACCACGCGUCACCGCUGGGACACAGCAAGGCAGAGACGCCCGGAACAGAGAGCGCAGCACUCACGUGCACAAUCGUAGACUUUGCGAAUGGCCACACGGUGUCCUGGUAUUUGAGGAAUCAUGUUCACAGUCACACACGGCAAAUACACAUACGUACACAUGCUUGCAUGCGAGUCCUGGGGCAUGGCCAGGUAAACUUGCGUGUGUACGAGUACCUGUGUGUUUACAGGUAUAUGUAGCAAUACGUACGCACAGGUGUUUGCAAAUACUUCCUUUUCCACCACAAAAUGAAAUUAUCUUUGUGUUCAUUUCUCUCUUCAUUUUCAGUUUCUGUCUUUUUAUUUUAGAGAGAGGAAGAGAGAGAGAAUCUUAAGCAGGCU